UUCGCCGGCGCUGCACACAUUCAUUUUAUUGCAUGUUAUUAUUUUAAGUCGUCGCGUGCAUCCAAGUGCGCACGCAUAUACACGUACGUGUGUAGUGACAGUGUCGUGUUUCGAAAAUACGAGUGAAUUCUGGUUUUUUUUUUCCGACGAGUGUGCAAGUUUUUAUCAAGGCGUAAUCGAGCUCCAGAGUAGCACGUGUGCCUAGUAUAGUAGGCAGAAAAAUUAAAAUUAAAAAAAAAAAACGAUGAGGCCCGCGGCACUCAUUAUUCCGCUGCUGCUGCUGCUCGCGAUCGGCGCCUCCGUGCAGGGCAUCGAUCGUCUGCGCGUGGCUUAUCAAUGGAAGCAGCUGGACUUUGACUGGCCCGACAGCAAGGACGACGACGUUCGGCGCGCCUUUCCCUCGUACGACGCCGCGGACAAUUUGCCGCUGGGCCUGGAGGUCGGCGGCGAUCGGCUCUUCGUGACCGUGCCGAGAUGGAGGCGGGGUGUAGCCGCGAGCUUGAAUUACAUCAGGCUCAAUGAUACCCGAGAGUCACCGCCGCUGAUUCCCUAUCCAUCCUGGGAGGCGCACGAGUAUCGGGACGACGGCCGAUCGCCGCCGGAAAUCGUCUCGCCCUUCCGGAUCAGGGCCGAUCGCUGCGAUCGUCUCUGGGUCCUGGACACGGGCCUCAGCGACAUCCUCGGCUCGCCGGAGCAGCAGUCCCCCCCGAGUCUCCUCGUCUACGAUCUCAGGCAGGAUAAACUUCUGAGACGUUACGCGAUACCCGAGGAUCAGAGGACGCCCGACUCGCUGUUCGCCAAUCUCGUGGUCGAGGAUCAUCAGGAGGAUUGCGCUGAUGCGCACGCUUACCUGGCCGAUCUCGGCGGGCCCGGAUUGGUGGUCUACUCGUGGCGCCAGGACAGCUCGUGGCUCAUCAAGCAUCACUACUUUCAUCCCGAUCCGAUGGCCGGCGAGUUCAACGUCGGCGGCGUGGUGUUCCACUGGUCGGACGGCGUCCUGGGCAUGGCCCUGCAGCCCCACGAGGACGGCUACAGCACCCUGUACUUCCAUCCGCUCACCAGCACGGCCGAGUUCUCCGUGGGCACUCGACUGCUGCGCGAUCCCAAGCGAGCCGACACGUCCGAGGGCUUCCACGAGUUCCGACUGCUGGGCUCGCGCGGACCCAACGGCCAGAGCAGCGUCAGCUUCCUCGAUCCGGCCAGCGGCGUGCUCGUCUACGCGCUGACCAAUCUCAACGCGAUCGCCUGCUGGCGCGCCGGCUCGCGCUACACCCUGCAGCGCCAGGGACGCGUCUACAUGGACAACGUCACAAUGGUCUUUCCCAACGACAUCAAGAUCGAUCGUCGCGGCACCAUCUACGUGCUGUCUGAUCGUCUGCCCGCCUUCAUGUACAAUCGUCUCGAUCCGGAGGACUACAAUUAUCGCAUUCUCACGGGUAACCUCGCCGAGGCCGUGAACGGAACCGUGUGCGAGCCGCCGCGAACCAGCAGCAAAGACAGCAACGGCGCCCUGGACACGAGGAUAAAUCGUUUGCCCUCGUCGCGGCGCAACUCCGCGACGGCGGCGAUAACGAGUUGCGGACGUUCGACGACGAUUCUGCUGAUGACGGCUGCCUUGGCCCUGGCGGCUCUGACUCAGUUCGACUGGUGAACGACUACGACGACGAGCGAAUGAACUCUGGAUUAUUUUUUGUUGUUGUUGUUGUUGUGUGCGCGAUGUGUCCGGUGCUCGGCGCGAAGAAAAAGUAAAAACAAAGAGAUCAAACACGCGCAGUUCUGCUCGUGCGUUUGAUUCGUAUUAUGUACUCGCGGAGCGUUUCCUUUCUCUAUCUCUCUCUCUACAUACUCUAUUACGUUUUUAUGCUUUUUAUACCAUUGUGAUAGGCGAGUAUUAUAUUGUAUACACCUACUGCUACGCUGCAGCCGAUAAUGCGCGGCGUGUGCGUUAGUUUUCCACGCGAUGUUAUGUGCGUAUCGGUGAAAAUUGCGAUUGUUUACGCGACGCGUAAUUGUUUAGAUUCUCUUUUGCUUCGUUUUUUUUUUCAUUCUUCAACGAUGUUAUGUGUGUCGCGUACGCGACUGUUAUGCGAGAUCGAUGAUUUCCUGCGCGAUGUUGUACGUGUAUAGCCGCACAAAGCCGAGGAAAUUCAUCCAUGCGAGUGACUGUAUGUGUAGUACGUGUGCAAUGAACUUUAUUUCAUCGAAAAAAGGAAAUAGUUUUCAAAGCCCCAGAUGGGAAAAGCGUAUAGGAAUGAAAAGAAAAAAUAUUUAUCCUCGAGUAGGUGGGGAAUUUUAUGUAAAUAAUUUUGGAUUCGUACGAGGACUUAGUAGGUUCUGUCGUCAAGUAUCUAAAUGAAAAUUUUUAUAAAAAUAUUCAACUAGUAUCAUUAUGGUUUUUAAAUCCUGAAAUCAUAUGAAUUACAUUGGAUCUGGAUAACCAGCUGUAGGGCUUACAAUUUUUGUAUAUAAAAUAAAGUUUAUUAUCGCUCGUACAUAACCGAUCGAGCGAAAAUAUUUAUUUGUUAAAAAAGAAUUUUUAUCAAUAGAAUUAUUGUUCAUAAUAAUAACCCAUCGCGGCCAUUUUAUGAUAAUAAAAGAAUUUAUUUCU